CAACUCUAUAAACACAUUCUAUCAAUAUGAAGCUUACUUCUUUUUUUCUUGCUACUGCUAUCUUCUCCUCUUCCUUGGUAAUGGCUAUGCCUAUCGAAAAACGCGAUGAUUCUGCCAUUAGUGUCCAGUCCCUUGCUUCUGGUGCUACUGCUGGUAGUAAUCUGACCAUCCAUUGGACUGUUCAUGGAGAUGCCGCUCCCUUGAUCGACAUCCUAGCUAUUUCUAGUGAUAGCAAAGUAUCUAUUGUCGAAGGAUUGAACAGUACAAUUAGUGAAUAUGCUUGGGCUAUUCCCAAUGAUUUAGUCAAGGAUGAUAACACGACAUAUACUAUCCAAAUCAGUUAUCCUGUAAACCAAACUGUUUCCUCUGAGCCAUUCGUUAUCUCCAAGGCUGCUGCUCCUCUGACCCCUCCUACUACUACCCAUGCAUCAGGCGCUACUGUCACAUUGGGAAAUGGUUUGGCUGGAUAUACUGCUGUUGCUAGUAUUACUCUUAUUGGUCAAGACGGUAAAGUAACAGCACAAAGCCAAAGUUCGGAUGCCUCUUCUCUGGCUGCAGGUACUCUUGUAUUACUCUCCACUACAGCUGCUAUCUUUGCGCUCCUCUAAGCACUGCAUCCUCUGCUCUCUUCUAGACUAUACCUGCACAGACAUCUCUUACACAUACCUAACUCUAAUACUUAAUUCAACUAUUCCUCUUCUUUCUUAGAAGUAUACGCAUACUUUAUAAAUAUGUUAUCCCCUUUAUAGACAAUCCAUUUACAUGUAUAUUCCCUUACUAUAUCUCUUUCUCUUACUCUUCCCCUUAUACACUUAUUAUCUAAUGCGUAUAUAAUAAUAAACGAG